UGCGGCUCCACGAAAAACUGACUGUAUCUAACUGCGACCACGGCUUAAGACAGUACGAAACGUAAACAAACAUCAUCGUACCGGCGCGAAAAGGUGUUUUGUGCAAUUACAAUUAUAAUUCUGCAAAACGAAAUGGCUAAAGUACACGAGGCAUUGAAACCCAUUCAAUGGCUGAUUGGAACAUGGGAAUCCGUGACAGCGAAGGGAAGUUAUCCCACCAUCAAAGAUUUUUCCUACAAUGAGAUCAUCAAGUUCGAAUCCUUGGGACAACCGUUGCUUAAUUACGAGGCGAACUCCCGUCAUCCCGUGUCCGGCGCACCAAUGCACCUCGAAAGAGGCUUUCUUCGCAUAAAACCAGGCACCAACCAGGUGGCGUUCAUGGUAGCACACAACUUCGGUUUGGUAGUGCUGGAGGAAGGAGAAGCGACAGAGCACGGAAUAAAGCUGGUCUCGAAGUCUGUCGAUCGAAUGUCCUUCGGUAAAGAUCCGGCCGUAAAAGCGGUCGUGAAAAGUUAUCGUCUCAAUGCGGACGGCACGUUGGAGAUCCAAACGGAUAUGGAGACGGCUAAUACACCGAUGACCAAUCACCUGAACGUAGUGUACAAAAGAUGUGAGUGAAGACGCUUGUGGUCGGUCGAUUGAUCGGGUAUACAUUUUUGAGGCUGUAGAUAUAGCAAAAAUCACAAUGGUUAAGGGUGAGGAGUUAUUUACCUCGUAGUUUAGUUGCAAACGGAUGGUGUUUGACGGUUAUAAUGCCAAAAUUGUUACCGUUCCUUAUUAAACGCUGUUAAACAGUUG